UUUCGGCACCGUCCAGCAACGUGGAUUUGUCAUAUAGCAUUCGUUCGUCCCGACGAAACUCAUCUCUCUUCAUCAUCUCUCUUUCCUCGCCUGUUUCCCCCAUCAUCGCGAUAGAGGAUCGCCGCGAGUAGAACGAGUCAAUAACGAGUCAGACACGCCGCCCGAGUGGUUAUUCGCGCGUCUGAUCGAAUAGUCGACGCGACGAGAGCGUAAGCGCCCAGGCGAGACUCUAAUCGCGACUGCCACGUCGUCGAACCGACGUCUAUGUCGUUCAUCGAGAAUUCGCGUGCAAACGUUACUCGGCCGGUCGAGGGUAGCCUGAAGUAUUUCGCGUUCCGACGAGACGCAGAACGUCGGCCGUGAUACGGAGUGAAAUAAAGAGCCGUUUUUUCGCGUCUGCUAUUGUGGUGCUGGUGCUGGUUAAUAGUAAUAAUAGUAAUAGUGAGUUCUGUCGGUGGUGGUAGUAGUGGUGGCACACGUGAACACUCGACGACGACGUUAUACAGCUUGGAAAAAUGCGGUGAACCACCCGCCUCCGCGCCGCGCGCUACGAAGCAUUCCUCAAGCAGCUCACCCAUUCAGGUCCAUGCACGCCGAUGCGAUGACAACAACUGCCUUCUACUCUCUCUGUGGGGAACAUAACGAUACGUAAAGGGGAUCCGCCUUUAGUUUGCCAGGUCCCGCUCUAGCCCCGGAGGAAGGAGCAGAAGCGCGGAAGGAGAGCAGAGAGGGGGGAAGAAAGAAAGGUGAAGUUUCUCGGUAGCGGCAGCUGCAGCAACAGCAGGGCGGAUCUAACCACAUUCCGAGAGUCUGAAAAGCGACACAGGUGCGUACCGACAGAGGCAUCCCGCGGAGGGAUGUUCGAAAUAUCCGAGCAGUAGCGACCGAUGCACGUGGCACGCUGCGACGGUGGUGUUAAGUGUGCAGUGAUCACGGGUGACCGAGGGAAGACGGGAAAGAAGGUGGUCAAUAUGACUCCUAUCUUCCUCGUCGUGUUGCUGGCGAUUGACCCGAUUAUCGCGCAGAGUAACGGAAACAUCAGCGACUCGCAAUACAUCACGUACAUGACAAGUCCGCCGACGAUCCUGGUGAAGCCACAAUCGCAGCAGGUGAAGGCAGGAGGAAUUGCGAGCUUCUACUGCACGGCGGAAGGUGCGCCACCGCCUCAGAUACACUGGAGAAAGAACGGCAAGAGAAUUUCACAAUCUCAGUCCCGCUACGUGGUACACCAGUAUGAAAAUGGUGCUUUACUGCGGAUCGAACCUGUCAAGCCGGCGCGCGACAAUACCGUCUACGAGUGCCUAGCAGAGAACGGGGUCGGUGACGCUGUUUCGGCCGAGGCGUCGCUCACCGGUUACGAAACGGAAGAUCUUCCGACGGGUUUCCCGAUGAUCACUCAAGCGCCAACUACGAAAGUAGUCGAGAUGGGUCACAACGCGGUCCUUCUUUGCGCGGCAGUCGGAUCGCCGCCGCCCAUCAUCUCCUGGGUGCGAGACAUGCUGCCUAUUGACACGUCGAAUCCACGAUACACGGUUCUGGAUACCGGUGCCUUGCAAAUUACCGAAUCUGACGUAAAGGAUCAAGGAAAGUAUGAAUGCGUCGCUAACAACUCCGUAGGCACAGAGUACUCGAAAUCGACCACAUUAUAUGUGAAAGUGCGUCGCGUCGCACCGAACUUCUCGAUUCCGCCACCGACGGUGAGCGAAGUGAUGCUGGGUGCGUCGCUGAAUCUCACCUGCGUCGCGGUCGGCGCGCCGAUGCCCUUCGUAAAAUGGAGAAAGGAUCCCGCAACCGAUCUUACGCCGGACGAUAAUCUACCAGUCGGCAAAAACGUCUUGAGACUGACGGAAAUUCAGGAAUCUGCUAAUUAUACGUGUACAGCUGCCAGCGAUCUUGGCGUAAUCGAGGCGACCACCAUGGUGAAGGUUCAAUCUCUACCCGGCCCGCCAGAGAACGUUCAAGUGUCGGAUAUCACCGCGACAUCGGUGAAGUUGAGCUGGUCCUACAAAGAACCGGGCGACCUGCAGUACUACGUCAUUCAACAUAAACCGAAGCACGUGAAUCAAGCGUACGCCGAGAUAUCCGGCAUCACGACGAUGUACUAUCACGUUAGGAGUCUCAGCCCGUAUACGGAGUACGAGCUCUACGUGAUAGCCGUGAACAGCAUCGGGCGUGGUCCCCCAAGUGCCCCGGUGAUAGUCACCACUGGUGAAACAACGGAAUCAACGAAUGGAGGUGCCAAACCCGGUACAGCGCCUCGGAAAGUUCAGGUACGGCCGUUGAGCUCCAGCACGAUGGUCAUACAAUGGGACGAACCGGAAACCCCAAACGGUCAAGUGACGGGAUACAAAGUGUACUACACGACGGACUCGAAUCAACCUAUGGCGUCGUGGCAGUACCAGAUGGUGGACAAUAGCCAGCUGACCACCAUCUCGGAGUUGACACCGCACACAAUCUAUACCAUACGAGUUCAGGCGCUCACGAGCGUCGGUCCUGGACCGCUCAGUCUACCGGUGCAAAUCAAAACACAACAAGGGGUACCAAGUCAACCUGAAAUGCUAACCGCGGUCGACAUCGGGGAGACCAAAGUAACGCUCCAAUGGGGCAAGCCCGCUCAUAGCGCUGAGAAUAUUCUCAGCUAUGAGCUGUACUGGAACGACACUUAUGCGAAGGAAAAGCAUCAUCGCAGAAUAGCUGUCACCGAGAACUAUACUCUGACCGGUCUGUAUCCGAACACCUUAUACUACGUGUGGCUAGCCGCGAGGAGUCAAAGGGGAGAGGGUGCCACGACGAUACCGUAUCCGGUUCGCACCAAACAGUACGUCCCCGGGGCUCCGCCUCGCAAUGUAACCGGCAAAGCGAUCAGCCCGACUUCAAUAUUGGUAACGUGGGAACCACCGGCUGCUGAACGCUCCAACGGAAGGAUCGCCUACUACAGGCUGCAAGUCGUCGAGAGCGGUCGCUCCGACUCCGAGGCGACGAUUAUCAAACUGAAUGACACGCGUUUCGUGUUGGACGAGCUCAAAAAGUGGACUGAAUAUCGGAUCUGGGUAUUGGCCGGAACCAGAGUAGGUGACGGGCCCCCGAGUUAUCCUAUCAUGGUCAGAACUCAUGAGGACGUGCCGGGGGAUCCUCAGGACGUCAAAGUCUCGGCGAUCAACUCGUCGACGAUACACGUCGAGUGGAAACCACCGAAAGCGAAAGAUCAGAACGGCGUUAUACGAGGGUACCACAUACACGUGCAGGAAGUAAGAGAGGAGGGAAAAGAUUCAUUCACCAACGAACCGAUACGUCGAGAUGUGCACGAUGACGGCGUGCUAGAAGUGAAUAUCACCGGACUGCAACCGGAUACGAGAUACUCAGUGCAAGUAGCCGCUCUGACGAGAAAAGGAGAUGGGGAUCGUUCGGUACCGGUUCACGUUAGAACACCGGGCGGUGUACCAAACAGACCGCAAGUUGCUGUGAAAGUAUUGAGCAGAGAUCCCUACAUCUUGGAGCUGGAAUGGAAUCAACCCACUCAGAUCUACGGUAAUCUGCUAGGAUACCGUAUUCGAUAUGGUAUAAAAAACCAGACGCUCAAAGAGGAAUUUAUCGAUGACAUGCGUCAGCGCACGUACAAAAUCACGGAUCUCGGAGAGCAAGGAGUCGAUUACGAGUUUAGAGUAGCUGGCAAAAAUGACAUCGGCUUCGGUCAGGAAACGGUGAAAAAUUGGUUUAGUCCGGAAGGCGAACCGACCGGGCCACCGACGAAUCUGUCAUACUUUUUUCAAACUCCUGAUACCGUAUGCGUGACGUGGGAAAAGCCGCUUCGGCAGCACAGAAACGGUCAAAUAAUCGGUUACGAUGUGCAAUUCAACAAGAAGAACGAUCACUCCACCACUAUAGAUAGAAACACAACCAAGACGAGAGCGGUGUUCACUAAUUUAGAGGAGAAUACGGAAUACGUAUUCCACGUACGAGCGCGUACGUCCCAAGGUAGCGGUCCGUACUCCGAAAAGAUCACAAUAAUGACCGCGGCGGACAUCGGUCGCGCUCCGAUGAAAGUACAAGCCGUGGCGACGUCGGACUCCAGCGUGGAAGUGUGGUGGGAGUCGGUGCCGAACAGAGGAAAGAUCACCGGUUAUCAGAUCUUCUACACAACAACCGCUGUGGAGGAUCUGGACGAGUGGAAGAAGAAAAGUGUUGGUCUGACAGAAUCAGCGGAUCUAAUUAAUCUGGAAAAAUUCACUCAGUAUGCCAUAACGGUGGCAGCGCGCUACAAGUCCGGUCUGGGAAGACUCAGCGAAAAGGUGACGGUGAAAGUAAAGCCGGAGGACGUGCCGUUGAAUCUCAGAGCGCCGGACUCGUCCACGCACUCGAUGACCCUCUCUUGGUCCCCGCCCAUAAGACUGAUUCCGACAAAGUAUAAGGUUUCGUUCGACGCUGUCAAAGAAUUCGUCGAUUCUCAGGGUAUAACGCAAACACAGCUCGUGCCUCGUAGGCAAAUCCUAUUGGAGCCUCACAUAUCGAGCGUGACAAUAAACGAAUUACAACCGUUCACAACUUACAACGUCAAUGUAAGCGUUGUACCGCGCGAGGGGCAAUACAAACCACCGGCCAAGAUCACCGUCACCACGCAGAUGGCCGCGCCGAAGCCGAUGGUAAAACCGGAUUUCUACGGCGUGGUCAACGGCGAAGAGAUACAAGUUAUUUUACCGCAAGCUUCCGAGGAAUACGGCCCGAUCUCGCACUAUUACCUGAUCGUCGUGCCCGAGGACAAGAGUACGGCUGAUAAGCAGCCUGACGAACUGACCGAGGACAUGAUCACCGGGAAAGGCAAGCAGGAGAGGGAAAACGCACCUUACAUCGCCGCUAAAUUUCCUCACAGAGAUAUUCCGUAUACGUUCCAUUUAGGCAGCGGAGACAUAUACGAGGGAUACGAAAACCGAAAGCUCGUUAAAAAUAGACGCUACAGGAUAUUCGUACGCGCCGUAGUCGACACUCCGCGAAAGCAUUUAUAUACGUCGUCGCCGUUUUCUGAAUACUUGUCUUUGGACAUGAGGGAAGUACCUCCAGGCGAGCCACCGCGUCGACCAAAUCCCAACACGCCUGCAGAUGGAAGUCCAGACAUUUCUGGAGUUCCAACUGCGGGUCAAGAGCCAGGCAUGGUGUGGGUCGUCGGCCCCAUAAUAGCGGCAUUGAUGGUCAGCGUUUGUCUCGUGCUUUUAUUCGUCAUUAAAAAACGAAGGCAGCCGUGCAAAGCUCCGGAUCAGGCAGCCGUUACGCGACCGCUCAUGGCGGCUGACAUAAGUUCUAAUCACGCGCCGUCGGAUCCGGUGGAGAUGCGACGAUUAAAUUUCCAAACUCCCGGUAUGAUCUCGCACCCGCCAAUACCUAUCAGCGAACUGGGCAAUCACAUUGAACGUCUGAAAGCGAACGACAAUCUGAAGUUCAGCCAGGAGUACGAAUCGAUAGAACCCGGCCAACAAUUCACGUGGGACCAUUCCAACAUGGAAGUCAACGCGUCGAAGAAUCGUUACGCCAACGUUAUCGCGUACGACCAUUCGCGAGUCAUCCUCCAGACUGUCGACGGCAUGCCGGGCUCGGAUUACAUCAACGCCAAUUACUGCGACGGUUACAGGAAGCAGAACGCGUACGUGGCCACUCAGGGACCUCUGCAGGAGACAUUCGGUGACUUUUGGCGUAUGUGCUGGGAAUUGCGCACCAGCACGAUCGUGAUGAUGACGAAGUUAGAAGAGAGAACGAGGAUAAAGUGCGACCAGUACUGGCCCACCAGGGGCUCCGAGACCUACGGACAGAUGACCGUGACCAUCAGCGACGUCCAAGAAUUGGCGACUUACUGCAUCCGCACGUUCCAGGUUUGUCGAGCGGGCUAUUCCGAGCGGCGGGAGAUAAAGCAACUACAAUUCACGGCCUGGCCCGAUCACGGCGUGCCGGAACAUCCUGCGCCGUUCUUGCAAUUCCUACGCAGAGUCCGGUCUCUCAAUAUCCCCGACAGCGGACCGUUAGUGGUGCACUGUAGCGCGGGUGUGGGAAGAACUGGUUGCUUCAUCGUGAUAGACUCAAUGCUAGAAAGGAUCAAACACGAGAAGAUGAUCGACAUCUACGGCCACGUCACUUGUCUGCGCGCUCAGAGGAAUUACAUGGUUCAAACGGAGGAUCAGUAUAUCUUCAUCCACGACGCCCUGCUCGAAGCGGUGAUCUGCGGUAACACGGAAGUGCCGGCUAGAAAUCUGCACUCCCACAUUCAGAAACUCAUGCAACCAGAAAUCGACAAUAUAACCGGAAUGGAACUGGAAUUCAAGAAGCUUUCUAACAUCAAAGCCGACUCAACUAGAUUCAUCUCCGCGAAUCUGCCUUGUAACAAGCAUAAGAAUCGACUGGUCCACAUUCUGCCUUACGAGUGCACCAGAGUGUGCCUGCAGCCGCAGCGUAACAUCGAAGGAUCCGAUUACAUAAAUGCCAGCUUGAUUGACGGCUAUCGCUACCGAGGAGCUUACAUAGCGACGCAAGGUCCUUUAUGUGAUACCACCGACGAUUUCUGGCGCAUGCUGUGGGAACACAAUUCUACAAUCGUUGUCAUGCUGACGAAAUUGAAGGAGAUGGGCAGAGAAAAGUGUCACCAGUACUGGCCGUCCGACCGAUCUAUCCGUUAUCAGUGCUUUGUCGUGGAUCCGAUCGCGGAGUACAACAUGCCGCAGUACAUUCUACGAGAGUUCAAGGUGACGGACGCGCGCGACGGCGCCAGCCGCACGGUCAGGCAAUUCCAGUUCAUUGACUGGCCGGAGCAGGGCGUACCGAAAUCCGGCGAUGGUUUUAUCGACUUUAUUGGUCAGGUGCACAAAACGAAGGAACAAUUUGGUCAAGACGGACCGAUCACCGUGCAUUGUAGCGCCGGCGUAGGAAGAACGGGUGUCUUUAUAACGCUUAGCAUCGUGCUGGAGCGAAUGCAAUAUGAAGGCGUGGUGGACAUUUUCCAGACUGUAAGAAUAUUACGCACGCAACGUCCAGCCAUGGUUCAAACCGAGGAUCAAUAUCAAUUCUGCUAUCGAGCCAGUUUGGAGUACUUAGGCUCCUUUGAUCAUUAUGCCAACUGACAAGCCGACUCACGUGAGCAGAGGGAUCUGUCGAGGGACAAGCGAGACCGGCGAGGCGACAGAGAUGUCGAAAGAGCAAAAGUACGACGUGUCUAGUACAAUAAAGCCGUGUGACAUACUCGUACCUUCCAAGGACAAAUACAGUAGAGCGACGCGAUUAAUAUAGUAUCGUGGGCAGUUAACAUAGAAAUAAAAUGUUUAGUCAAUGGUGUUGCAGUAAAUGCAAAUACGCCGGAAAUUUUCACUCUUGACGGAUAUAUAGCAAAUGCCCGGAAACGCAUUUAACCGAUCUCUUUUUAGAAAUUAGACUCGAAAAUUUCCUCGCGAUUGAUGCGAGUCAAAACUGCCGUUUAGAAAUACGUACAAUACACGUGAUUGUACGAGCAAUAGUAUCACACGUUAUCAUACAUAGAUACGUUCUUUUUUCACAUCACAAGAUCUUUUGGAAACAAAAUAAAACAAACUUCUCAAUUCCCAGACAUUCUGUCGAAAAAUCAAUUAAGUACGAUGUAAAUCAAAAAAUCAUGAGCCGUCAUCGCGUAGAAUUCACAUUCGAGGAUUAGUGAAUUGGAACAUAUCCUAUUACCGAAUCGAUCAUCCGUAAAAGCAUUUUUUAACGUCUAGAUAAUCUAAUUUUAAGAUAGACUGAAAAUAUGACCACUCAAUAUCUCUCCCACCCGAAAUGUAGUGCAUUACGUGUCUUUUCAUGUAUGGUACCUCUUACCGAAAACUGAGACAGCGAAAGUCAAACCCUUCCUGUUUAUUGAAGACACGAGUGCUUCCUGCAGUAGCAAUUGCAUAGAGGAACGAAAGGGUGCUGACAUCGACGUUCAUGUCUUUAAAAAAAAUAAAAUAAAAUAUCGAAUUGUACGAGUGACUGCGUCUGUAUAAAACGCGUAUCGUAUAAAAACGAAAAUUUACAAUUCACCGUUCGUGGCUACGUUCCACAAGUACUUAUUGAUGUAGAAAAAAUAGAUCGAAAAAGCAAUUAAAUAACUUUCUGUAGCUAUUACAAAAAAAAGAGAGAAAGAGAGAUGAAAAUUUCCGCUCACAAAAAACAAGAAAAUUGCCAUACUGCCAAAUUGACAAUUAUUACUGCUGUACUCAUUAUAAAUGGUAGAGAUCUUCUCAAUACCUAUUAUAAUAAUGUUAGAUAGAUCAUAAGAAAUUGUUUAAGGCUAGAAUAAGUGACGCCAUUAGGGAAAUGAUGAGAUAAAAAUGAGUCGCGUGAAAGAAGGAUGAAAGGAAACGGUGCCUACAUUCAAAAAAAGUGCGCAAACAAAUUUGCGCACAUUUCUAUAAAAAAAGAAAAAAAAGAACUAAUUUAAAUAGCAGCACUGUAUGUUGAAUUCAUGUACUGUUCUUCCGAGCCCUCGACACCCAUAUGUACAAAGUUUCAAUGUAGCUUCUACCUCGAAUACUUCUAAUUGCCUUUUAAAUAUAUUGAAAUAGAUAGUACGUCUCACACAUAUAAGUUCAAUCAGUCUUUACAUUAACUCAAUGUUCACGUAUAGAUACAUUUAAUGUUGAAAUCAAAUUUAUACUUGAGUAUUUAUAUUUCUUAAUGAUACAUUGGAUUUUUUACACUAAUAACACAUGCCUUUCCUUUUUCAAAUGUCAGAUUAAUGCCAAAAACACAUGAUGAAGAACAAGUCACACAAUAUAUUUCUUAUGGUGAAAAUAUUUAAUUCGGUAAUUCUAUAUAAUAAUAAACUCAUAAAUUAGUAAGA